AUGGCCCCCUCCAGCGACGCCGGCAUGCUGAUGUCGGACGCUCCAUCUCGUGCGUCGGCUACCCCUAGACGCUCCCUCAUGCCCAGUUCCUCCGACGGCAGGCCAAGAGUGCCACCCUCCGAGAGCAUGGGCGCUCCCAGCGACGACGAGGCCGAGGGAUUUGCCGACGAUCAGGUUCCUCGUGGAUCGAGGAUACCCGACAUUACAAACAUUCCCCGCGUGGAGGACAAGAUCGGCCUCAUGGUCCAGGAUCACUUUGAGUCUUUCAUUGAGGAAUUUAUAGAAGAUCCGACUUCUUCUGGCGCACCGACAUCCAGCGCCGUCACAACAGACAAGUACUACAUCGCCCAGAUUCACGGCAUGCGCACAUACCAGCUUUCCACCUUUUACGUCGACUUUAAGCACUUGGUUGCAUGGCAUAAUGGCGAGCUGGCAGAUGGUGUCAUGCGUGGCUACUACCGCUUUCUACCGUUCUUGACCGCCGCCCUGCAUAACAUGAUCGCCAAGCACGAGCCGCAGUACUUCCGCGAACAUAGGCAGCCGACCUCUUCCAGCAAUCCGACCAACUCGGCCGCGAGCCAGCUGGGCUCCGCUAGCCAGACAGAGAUGGGCGAUAAGACCGCCAAUCAGCAGACAGACAAGCUGUUCGCCAUCGCCUUCUACAACCUGCCGCUGAUCUCGAGAGUGCGCAGUCUCAGAGCAGCCAACAUCGGCCAGCUGCUCUCCAUCUCCGGCACCGUCACGCGGACGUCAGAAGUUCGUCCCGAGCUUUCACUCGGCACUUUUGUUUGCGAGGCAUGUAGGACAGUCGUCCCCAAUGUGGAACAAACAUUCAGGUACACGGAGCCUACCCAGUGCCCGAAUGGAACCUGUCAGAACCGCCAGGCAUGGCAGUUGGACAUCCGCCACAGCACCUUCGUCGACUGGCAAAAGGUGCGCAUUCAAGAGAACAGCUCCGAGAUCCCCACUGGUAGCAUGCCGAGAACGAUGGAUGUUAUCAUGCGUGGCGAGAUCGUGGACCGGGCCAAGGCCGGAGAGAAGUGCAUCUUCACCGGUGCGCUCAUAGUUGUGCCAGAUGUCAGCCAGAUGGGUUUGCCCGGUCUGAGGCCGAGCGCCGUUCGAGAUGACAAGAGCGCGGCUGGUGCCGACGCUGGUGGUUCUGGCGUCAGUGGUCUCAAAUCUCUUGGUGUUCGCGAUCUGACCUACCGUCUGGCCUUCCUUGCCUGUAUGGUCACUCCCGACAUUUCCAACCCGGGCCAGUCGGCGAGCGGUCAGGUUUCCGACAUCAUCAGCUCACUAACCCAGAACAACACGCAUGAUAACUCCGAGUCGGUCGAAGACGUUCAGGCUGCUGUGCUCGCAUCCAUGAACCCAUCGGAAAUUGAAGAGCUGCGUGGGUUGGUUCACAGCGAUCACAUCUACUCGCGACUGGUGAACUCGAUCGCACCGACGGUGUACGGCCACGAGGUGGUCAAGAAGGGUCUCUUGCUUCAGCUCAUGUCUGGUGUGCACAAGACUACCGCCGAAGGCAUGGAACUCAGAGGUGACAUCAACAUCUGCAUCGUGGGCGAUCCCUCUACAUCCAAAUCCCAGUUCCUCAAGUACAUCUGCUCCUUUGCCCCUCGCGCCGUCUACACCAGUGGCAAGGCAUCAUCUGCUGCGGGUCUCACGGCCGCUGUGGUCAAGGAUGAAGAGACUGGCGACUUCACCAUCGAGGCCGGUGCUCUCAUGUUGGCAGAUAACGGCAUUUGCGCCAUUGACGAGUUCGACAAGAUGGAUAUCGCCGACCAGGUGGCCAUACACGAAGCCAUGGAGCAGCAGACCAUUUCCAUCGCCAAAGCCGGUAUUCAAGCCACCCUGAACGCCCGCACCUCCAUCCUCGCUGCCGCCAACCCCGUCGGCGGUCGCUACAACCGCAAGACGACGCUCCGUGCCAACAUCAACAUGAGCGCUCCGAUCAUGUCUCGUUUCGAUCUCUUCUUCGUCGUCCUCGACGAGUGCAACGAGUCUGUUGAUCGCCAUCUAGCCGAGCACAUUGUUGGAAUCCAUCAGCUGCGCGACGAAGCCAUCGAGCCCGAGUUUAGCACGGAGACCCUGCAAAGAUACAUCCGCUUCGCCCGCACUUUCCGCCCUGAAUUCACUCCCGCGGCAAAGGAACUGCUUGUGAAACAUUACAAGGAGCUCCGCGCCGACGACGCGCAGGGCGGAAUCGGCAAGAACUCGUACCGCAUCACUGUCCGUCAACUAGAGAGUAUGAUUCGUCUGUCCGAGGCGAUCGCCAAGGCCAACUGCGUAGACGAGAUCGAGCCUCCCAUGGUCACCGAGGCCUUUAACUUGCUGAGGCAGAGUAUCAUCUCCGUCGAGCAUGAUGACAUCGAUAUCGAAGACGAGGAGUUGCCAGAGGAGGGCGAGGCCCUGCUCCGUGCGGCCUCCGAGGCGGCGGGUCAACCUGUUGAAGAUGACAGCAUGGCCGUCGACGAAGCCAAUGAGACCCCGGCGCCCGCAGCCCGUCCCAAGCAGACCAUCACGUUCGAGAAGUACUCGAGCAUGGUCAAUUUGUUCGUGGAGCACGUCAACGAGGCUGAGGCCGAGAACGGCGAGGGUGUUGAGGGCGAUGCGCUCGUAGACUGGUAUCUGGAGCAGAAGGAGGAUGAAUUGGACGACGUCGCUCAUGCAGAAGAGGAGAGGGCUCUGGCGAAGAAGGUGCUCAAGAGGAUGGUCAAGGAGAACAUUCUCAUGGCUGUUCGCGGCCAGGGUCUCGCUGACGACGAGACAGGCGAGGGAGCGUCUGCGGCCGCCGAGGCGGAGCAGCGUAUCGUCUACGUCCUGCAUCCCAACUGUGCUGUUGAAGAGUUCUGA